GUUUUGUUUAACAUGGAUGCUUGUUUGUUGCAUAUUUGUUGCGGAAGGAGAAAGACUGACACCCAAGAGAAAGGUUUGCAAUCAUCAGACCUAUUUCAAUUUGAUAGAUGAAUCUAGCAAUAAUGUUUCGACUUAGAAGAAGAUCAAAUCGUCCAAUUCUUUAUUUGGCUGCCACCAUUCUUCUUUUCAUUGUGUAUAGAAUUUGGCUAAAACACAAUUUUCUUCAAUAUCCUGGAGAUCAACUGAAUAGAAACUUCACCAAGUACAUUACCAAGUAUGAAAAAAAUUAUUGGGAAAAGGCUGAUACAAAGAAGAUAUUAUUUUGGACACCUUUUUUUGGGAGCUGGGGAUGGAUGGAGGAUGCUCAAAAGCAGCUGCCACAAUGUCCUGUAUCGUGCACAGCCACUUCUGAUAAAUCUACCCUGACAGACGCUGAUGCUGUUAUGUUUCAUACAAAUGAUUUCUGGAAGUACAAGGGUUUCUUGGCAACUAUAAAGAAUGUAGACAUUGAGUUGCCAAAGCUGAGAACCCCUAACCAAGUAUGGGCUCUGUUCAGCUGGGAACCAAUGAUUUACCACUGGGGUAACAUCCCACCAAAUAUCAUGAACUGGACUAUGCUAUAUAGAAGGGAAUCUAGUAUUUACAUGCCUUUUACAAGUUAUUACAAGAUGACUCAAAAAGAAAUCACACAGGAAAGUACAAAGGCAAAGGAAACAACUAAUUACUUUCAGGAGAAAACUAAAUUUGCCACAACCAUGGUUAGUAAUUGCAAUGACCAAGCCAGAAGAUAUAGAAUAAUUGAUGAACUUCAGCAGUAUAUUGACUUAGACUACUUUGGGAAAUGUUCAGGCAAAAUUAUUUGCAAGGCCGGGGUACCCACCACUGAGUGUGGAGAGAUGAACUUUAAAAAAUACAAGUUUUACCUUGCCUUUGAAAAUAGCUUCUGUCGUGAUUAUGUUUCUGAGAAGUUCUGGAAUGCCUUAGAUCGUCGACAGAUACCUGUCAUAGCAGCUCCAAAAUACAACUUAGAAAUGCUGCCCCCAAAUUCAUAUCUCAAUGUUUUUGAUUUUCCAUCUAUCAAAGCAGUAGCAGAGCGUAUGAUAGAAAUAGGUUCGAAUGAAGCUUUGUUCAACAGUUUUUUUGAAUGGACAAAGUUCUACAAGAAGGACAACACUUCAAUAUACUGCAAGCUAUGUAAAGAGCUCCAUGCAAAUAGACCAGCCCAGAGCUACUCAGAUAUGGAAGGCUGGGUGAGAGACGACGUAUGCUUCAAGAGUUCGCCCUGGCUACUUGCAACUACAUUCAUCGACAGGCUGCUCUUCACUAUUGGAUUGUGAGGCUUUAUGGGAAUAAUAAUGCUGCUUAGUAUGAAGCUCUUUUUUCUGUACGAGUUGUUUUCCAUGAUAUUGCAAUGAGACUGGUCAAGUCGUGGGAUUUAGAUAACAGAAUUAAAAUGUAGAAACUGUCACCUAUGCAAGUUAAAUACUCCUGUAGUUCAAAAAUGUCUGUUUAAUGUCAUAGUAGUGAAAUAAGACUUGAAAAAUUGAAAUCUGUGUUUCAAGACAUAUAUAUUUUUCUUUAAUAAUAUGCAUUUCUCAUUUAUAUAUUGAGCGAAUAUAAUUAUUAAGCAUAAAAUAUUGUAUGGUGUAUAUCAGACUUCCAGAUCUCACUUAAACUGAAAUGCUUGACAAGGCAAUCUUGUUGGUUUAUUGUACCGUAGGUUAUUUGAUAAAAGUCAUUUUGCUGAUUUCUUGAAAGCGCUGUUGAGAUUUUGAAUAACUAUUUUAUCCCAACAUUCUUGUGAUGCUACAUUUAUAUCUCGCGUCAGAUCUGCUAUAGAGAUUUUGGUACUGAUGGCACAAUAUAAAUAUUGACUUCCUUCAGGGUGACAUGGCAUUUUGUCAACCCGAAGGAACACUGUGGACUGAGGCUUUAGCUUUAGGUCAAGGAAGUCCAUAUAUAUUUUGUAAUUCCAAAAAAUUCCAAGAUUUAUAACAACAAUCAUAGAUCAUUAAAUAAACCAUCUGAACAGUUAUUUUAAUAUAUAUAUAUUUAGGGUUCUCCUAAAACAACAGAGAUAAAAAUAAAACAAAAAUAUUUUAUUUUGUCUGCUUUUUGUAAACAAGGUGUCAAGGAAAUACAGACUUGAAUGAUAGCAGUUUAACCUGUAUUCUUGUUUGUUAUAUAUUAUGUAGAAAUUUGACCCUUAGGCUGCUGAUGGCGAUUUUAAAGGCUUUGCAAACAGCUUAGAACCAGACCAGACACCGAGUAACUCGGCGCCUGGGCAGGUUCUAAGCUGUUUGCCACUCAGUCAAUAUAUCCCCAAAGUUUUAAGUAAAUUGAAAGAAAUUUAGAAUAAACCAGACGUCAUUUUUGAGCAGACGACAAUUUACCCAGCAUGCAAAGGGUUAAAGGAGUGAGGUUUAAUAAAAAAAAAUCCAAAAUAAUCAUAUAUGAUUAAUAUUUUUUCCAUAAAUGUUCAAGUUUGCCCAAUAUUUUCCAUAUAUUAUUAAAUUUUGUAGGUAUUGUUUUUAAAUGCUACUUAUUUUGAUGAAGGGGGAUUAUUUCAUUUCUAAAAUUGACAUGUCUUUUCUUUUGACAAUUUGAACUUCAUUUUCAGUACACAUGGUAUACAGUAAUCAUAGACUUUUUCUAUUGUAUACAUGUACUUUGUUAUAAGUAUUGCCACUUUACAGCGUACUUGUACAUGUAUUUUCAUUGGAUCAGAUGGCUUAUAAAAAAAUGUAUAAUGUUCCUGACAUGUGUUCAGGCUUUCACUUGUCUAUACGAUUUUGUAACAACAGCAUUUAUAUUUGGAACCAAUGUGGUUCUUUCUCCCCUGAAGUUUGCGGGUAGCUUAUUGCUGCCACUUUGUCAGUCUGUUCAACCCUUCUUUUCGGAGCAAUUUCUUAAAUAGCACCAGAGCAUUUAAGUAAAAUUGUUGGAAUUUACUUUUUAUGGAAUUGUUGAAAACAAUCUAAGAGAAAAUGGUAUUCUACCUGUAUGGUUUUUGUUAGUACUUUCCUGUCAGAUGAUGUUAUGUUGACAUAUUUUGGCGCUUUUUUUCUCACAAUCAUCACUGUAUCAAUGUUGAGAAGUAUUUGACAAAGCAGCGCUGGGGAGCAAACAUUAGUUUGUUAAGCCAAUCGUGUGUUAUUUUUAUGACAAUUUCAUUUCUACUUAUGAUUUAUCAUAGAUGUAAGUAAUGCUUGCCUUUGCUAGCUUAGUAUUGUGAUGAUGCAUUGUUUUGCAGCUUUUUAGUCAGACCUUUUUAAAUGUACUACACACCAGAUGAUACAAUUGCAAGAAAGAAAGAAAAUUGUCAAAAACUUACGUAAGAAUUAUAUCGUUGUGCACGACACAUUGAAUCUUACUUACUGAUGUAUCACAUCGCUUAUAAUGACACAAGUAACUUUUGCGGUUUCUGCGUAUUUUUCCAAUUUGAAUUUACAUAGUUUGUCUACAAUGUACAUACCAGUAAGACAAGUAAUCACAUGAGUUUCACAUGCUAAAUAUACAUUCAACCAUUAAACGCUAUUCUUAAAGGGGGAAACUCAGCUGAGAUAGCAACAAAUAAUUAUUUUAAUCAUGUAAAGUGACGUAUAUUGUUUUUUUUUAGGAUAACCUGUAUUUGACCAUUUUGGAAAAAUCUGAUGUCUAGUCCCUUUAAAUGUCAAUACAUUUAUUUUCAAUUAUUACAGCGGUGCUAAAUAUCAUUCCAGUUGGGUGUUUUAUUUAUCAAAACCUUUAAUUUGUGUUUAAAAAUUUUAUUAACACAUUGACACAUAUUUUUAGCUCAUCUUUUUUCAAAGAAAAAACUUCUUGAUGUUUUAGCAUUGCUGUUGUUAGCGUCAACAGCUUGCAAAAUCUACCUUGACCAAACCUCAAAAAUCAUUGAAGAUAUUUAAAACUAUAACAUGCUGACAGAGACAAUAAGCUCCUGUGUAGCAAGCAAUAUAAUUCUGUUUUUAGUAAUUGUUGAGUCAUGUCACAUUUUGACUGAAAAAGAGAUGAGGGUUGGUAUCUGCUUUCACUGCUCUUGUUUUCAAGAGUAAAGAGACCAAACAGAAAAGUUCACAUUGCUUUACGCACUCUGGUACCAGAUUGUGGAAUUAUAAGGCAGUAAACGAAACAAACUAAACCUAUGUAGGAUACAAUGCUUUGAUGUUUAAAGAAUUAAAUGUUCAAGUAUUGUGCUUCAUCUGUGUAUGAAAACAUUUGAUUGAUGUAGGUAUAAUGAAGACAUUUAAGGAAUAUACCAAGUGUUUUCAUCCACAGAACCCCAAUUCUAAAAUAAUUAAUGCUUAUAUUUACUCUUGAUAUUUGCAAACUCCAUCUGGAAUUAUGUUUGAAUAGAGAUGGUGUUUAUAACAUAAUUUGUUUCAUCAAGUUCACUAAUGUUACGGCGAUUAAGCUUCAUUUGAUAUCUAUCACUCAUGCAUCUGUUUGACUUCUAUCAGAGGUAUUCUGAAGAUAUUGCAUUCAUCAGAGUAUGAAUGCAGUUGGAAGGUAAAGUAUUAGUCAAAGAAAUGCAAGGGGAAUCAAAUGAUAGAUUGGGCUUAUUUGAAUUUUUGUGUGAAGUGUUUGAGUUAUGUAAUAUUUUGAUUACAAACUUAUCAUUUUAAAUCCAAGUUUCAAUCUAUCUUAUCAAUCUUAUAUUCUCACUUUAUUACUGUAUCUGUUGAAAUCCAUUUCAAACAAAUUAAAUUGUCUGUCUUUUGUU